ACAGAUGGAGCCUCGGCUGCUAGCGGCUGCUCGGCGACCAGCUGCCCGGCUUCUGCUCCUCCUUUUCGCGGCGCGCUGUGGAUCGAAGCCGGGGAGUGUGGGCCUCCGCUGACGGAUUUAAUAAUGCUACCUAGCACGGAGAUGUCGCGGUGCUGGGCACUUAGCUGACCCCCUCCAACCCCACCCCAAAAACAAAAAAUUGAUUUACAGCCGCUCCGAAGCAGAAAGCAAUGCGGGAGACUUUACGGUGUGCCGGUGUCGGAUUACUGGACGUGUUGGUGGUACGACUGCACCCGGUCCGGCAGCGUCGAGCAUCAUGAGCGACCGCCAUGGCGGCACGGAGGUCGUCGAGGGCGGCGGGGAAAACGACGACGAGUGUUUCGUGCCCCUCUCCCCGGUGCUGCUCGACGCUUCCGGGGUGCCCGCCCUAGAAUGCCGCAACACGGGGACGGAGGGUGUCGAGGUCGGGAAGAAUCUCAAUCAACAGCAGGUCCCCGUUAAAGGCACCGGGAAGGUGGUGGGGGGCAGGUGGGAGGAAAACGGGAACUACUCGAGGGGCAUUCAUGCCCCGGAGGAUGGAGGGACACUCGGCAAGAAGAGGAGGCCGGUGACGGUGGACACGUCCAAAGCCAAAACCUCCCUGGAGGGACUGAAGAUCAGCAUCAGGCAGCUCAAGUGGAGAGAGAUUCCCACAGGAAGACGAGCACCAUGUGACAUCUACUGGCACGGUGUCUCCUUCCACGACAAUGAGAACAUCACAUCAGGCCAGGUCAACAAGUUCCCAGGAAUGCUGGAAAUGUCGCGGAAGAUCAACCUGAGCCGAGCGGUGCGCAUUAUGCAGGAGUUGUUCCCCGUGGAGUACGAUUUUUAUCCGCGGUCCUGGAUCCUGCCCGACGAGUACCAGCAGUUCUCCACGCAGAUCCGCACGGUGAAGGAGAGCGACGAGACGCUCGACCCCACGUUCAUCGUCAAGCCCGACGGCGGCUCUCAGGGCGAAGGCAUCUACCUCAUCCGCGACCCCGCCGAGCUGAGGGCGGCGGGCGCGCAGGCCCGGCAGGCCGUGGUGCAGGAGUACAUCCGCAAACCGCUGCUGGUGGACAAGCUCAAGUUCGACAUCCGCCUCUACGUGCUGCUCAAGUCGCUGGAGCCGCUGGAGAUCUACAUCGCCAAAGAGGGCCUGACGCGCUUCUGCACCGAGCCCUACCAGGAGCCGAGCCAGAAGAACCUGGGCCACGUCUUCAUGCACCUGACCAACUACUCGCUCAACGUGCACAGCGGCAACUUCGUGCACUCGGAAAGCCAGAGCACGGGCAGCAAGCGCACGCUCUCCAGCGUGCUCCGCCGGCUGGCCGCAAAGGGCGUGGACGUCAAGCGGCUUUGGUCGGACAUCAUCGCCCUGGUCAUCAAGACCGUCGUCGCCGUGGCGCCUCAACUCAAAGUUUACUACCAGGCCGACAUCCCGCCGGGGAAGCCCGGACCCUCCUGCUUCCAGAUCUUAGGUUUCGAUAUCCUCCUGAUGAAGAACCUGAAGCCCGUCCUUCUGGAGGUCAACUCCAACCCCAGCAUGCGGAUCGAGCACGAGCAGGAGGUGGCGCCGAGAGUGUUCGAAUGCGUUCCCAGUCCGGUGGACGAGGAGGUGAAAGUGGGCGUGAUCAGGGACACGCUACGCCUGGUGGACCCCGGACUCAAGAAAGCGUCUUCUUCCCAGUGGAAGUCGGUGGGCGUGGAGGAGGCCGGGGGUGACGCCAUGCCCUCGCCGUGCCUGAAGCAGGUGUACCCCAAGUACAGCCGGCAGUUCAACUACCUUCGGCUGGUGGAGCGCAUCGCCGCCCUCUUCAUCCGCUUCCUCGGCGUCAAAGGGAACAUGCGCCUCGGGCCCACCGCCUUCCGAACCUUCAUCAGAAACUGCAAGCUGAGCAGCAGCAACUUCACCAUGGCGUCGGUGGACAUCCUUUACAUCGACAUCGUGCGCCGCUGGUCCGGAGCCUUGCCCGACUCUCGGGAAGCGGGCAUGGGCUUACAGGCCUUUGUGGAGGCCUUCUUCUACCUGGCCGCUCGCAGGUUCAAGUCCCAGACGCCCCGGGAGCAGGCGGCGUCCCUCCUGGAUCUGUGCGAGGCUCAGCUGGAGUCACGGACGCCGGGCCCGGAGGAGCGCCGCUCGUUGAGUUGCAGUCGGGCGGCGUCCCGCGGGGCCGCGGGUGCCCCCAAGCACCAGGCCCACGCCCAACAGCCUGGGCCGCACUCGCCCGCACCUCUGCCGCGCCGGGCUUCCAGCCAGGACUGCCGCAGAGCCAAGCCUCGCUCGCGAGAGGCUCAUGCUGAGAACUGAUUACGCCUGCCAACAACUUUGCCUGGCUACAGCAACGCACACACUACAUCAGGGGUGGGCAAAGUAUGGCCCUGGGGCCACAUAUGAGGGGGCAGUGGCUGUGACUCUGGACGUUUUGACCUAAAAUGAGUUAAUUAAAAGGCAGAUUUUGAAAUUCA